AUGGAGUUUAUUGAGGCCGAGACUCAGGAGUCAGAGCACAGGGACCAAAAGACCGAGGAGUUGGUCAACAAUUUCGAGGAGCAGGUGGGCAAAGUUUACUCAAACAUAGAGUCCCAAACCGUUUCUGGCUGGAACACCUUCAGUGGGUAUCUGAGCAAUUUCCAGAAGAAGUUGCCCGAUCUUUUGACAGACACAAAGGAGAUCACCAAGAAGAUUGAUUUGCAAAAUAGGAUUAAUGCUACGAAGGAGAAUUUCGAAAAAAAUCUGGCUAAGGUGCAAAGUAAACUCAACGAAGAGGAGUUGAAGGAAAUCAAGGAGAGUUCCGCCAAGCUGCUGCACAAUUUUAAUGAGAACACCAACAAAUAUUUGGACGGACUAGACCAGGAUCUAGAAAAACUUGAGAACCUGACGCUGGGGUAUGCAACUAAGCUUGGAAGUCUUCUUGCUGAUAAGACGGGCAUUAGAUUCGGCAGCGAGGAGGCGGGUGGCGCGAAAAAGGACGAGAUCAUGUUCAACAUGCCGCAGAACUUGGCCACGAGCAGACUUGAGGCUCAAUUGCACGAACUGGAAAACAACAAGGAUCUUUAUCUCACAAACUGGAAGAGUGAGAGUGUCAAGGACUACGUGCUGACUGCAGAGGACGAGGCGGAGAAGAACACCCUUGCUGAAAAAGAGAGCUUGAAGAAGCUCAUUCAGGAGCUAGUUCCAGACGAGAUCGACGAACAAGUGUUUUGGAAAACCUAUUUCUCCAACAAAGCCAAGAUCCUAGAAGAGGAGAAGAAACGGAAGGAAAUACUGCAGCAGAAGCCUGCCGACGACGACGAGGACUUUGACUGGGACGACGACGAAGAAGACGACAAGAAGGAGGAUGAUAGCAAAGAAUAA